UGAAUAAUGAAACUAAAUAUAAGGAAUACUUUCACGAUUCUUUUUCUCGUCUUAAAACUACUUUGCAGGCUAAUGUCCCAUCUAAACGCAAAUAAGUAUCCGUGUGAGGUACAGAGUUAACUUUAGAAUGUUGCUAAUGCCAAAAACACCAACUUGAACCACCCAGCUUCGUCAAAAGGAUUUCCUAUAAAUACACAGCUGAACACGAUCUCUGGUUUAUUUCAACUCAUCGGUCAGUUGAAUCGACACCAAAGUCAAAGACACCAUGGAAGUUUGUCUGCUUCUCUUACUAUUGUUGCCGCUAAGCAUCUUCACAACAGCUGUGAAGGAGAACAAGAUAGGUGAAAGCUGCUCUUCAGACUCAUGUGGAGCCAACGCUGAGUGCUCAGCACCUACCGAUGGCAAAUGUAGAUGUAAAGAAGGAUUCUUUGGCAGUGAUGGCGAUGAAGCUUGCACUGUGAAGGAGAACAAGAUAGGUGGAAGCUGCUCUUCAGACUCAUGUGGAGCCAACGCUGAGUGCUCAGCACCUACCGAUGGCAAAUGUAGAUGUAAAGAAGGAUUCACUGGCAGAGAAGGCGAUGAAGCUUGCAGUCUGUCGGGUCGUGAUGGAAACGGUGAACCUGGCCUCCCUGGUUUGCCUGGAACAGAGGGUCCAGAAGGUCCCCCAGGUAUCGCCGGUGUCCCAGGUAGUGAUGGAGGACCAGCUGUGAAGGAGAACAAGAUAGGUGGAAGCUGCUCUUCAGACUCAUGUGGAGCCAACGCCGAGUGCUCAGCACCUACCGAUGGCAAAUGUAGAUGUAAAGAAGGAUUCACUGGCAGAGAAGGCGAUGAAGCUUGCACUGUGAAGGAGAACAAGAUAGGUGAAAGCUGCUCUUCAGACUCAUGUGGAGCCAACGCUGAGUGCUCAGCACCUACCGAUGGCAAAUGUAGAUGUAAAGAAGGAUUCACUGGCAGUGAUGGCGAUGAAGCUUGCAGUCUGUCGGGUCGUGAUGGAAGCGGUGAACCUGGCCUCCCUGGUUUGCCUGGAACAGAGGGUCCAGAAGGUCCCCCAGGUAUCGCCGGUGUCCCAGGUAGUGAUGGAGGACCAGGUGGUAUUGAUGCGAAUACGGUUGGCGGCCCAUGCACCGCAGGUACAUGUCAUGGUAACAAUGUUGAAUGUGGAAACAAGUUCUGCAAAUGUAAAGAUGGAUUCACUGGUACUAUUGGAGCUGCUGGAUGUGACACUGUGAUGGCGGACAGGAUCGGUGGUAAGUGCACCUCUACAUCUUCGUGUGGAGCCAACGCCGUGUGUUCAGCAAGUGCUGAUGGUGUCUGCAAAUGUCAAGAAGGUUUCAGCGGCAAAGAUGGCGAUGCCACGUGCACUGUCAUGGCCAACAGAAUCGGCGGCAGCUGUGUCACAUCUUCCUGUGGAGCCAAUGCUGAGUGUUCUUCUUCGGGUGUCUGUACCUGUGUCAACGGCUUCACCGGCCAAGCUGGCGACAUAGCUUGCAGUCAAAGUGGAGGUGCUGCCCAUUCUGUUGCCACCUGGUUUCUUGCGUCCAUCACGUCUAUAAUAGUCUGCAUGCUUUAAAACCAGAUUGGUUCUUUGAGGCACAUGAAAUAGUUUAAACUGAAAGUUUUCCCUUCUGUCGAAGUGGUUUUUUAAAAAUAAAAUUAAGCUAAAAAUGCAAAACCUAGAAUGCAAAAUACGAGAGAUUGAAGGAAACAAAACAGAAAUCAUAGCACACUAAUUCAUCGGAUGUGUAAGAGAUUCAAACUAUCGAGUAUUGUGGCGUGUGUAUAUCACACAAUAAACUAUAAUAAACCAAGGGUUAAAUUUGUCAGACAUUAUCGUCUCUGGAUACAAUAAUUGCUUGUGUGCUUGACAUUGUAACUAUCGGACACUUCAGUUUUGCAAUGUACAGACAGAUAUUGUAACUGUAUUUCUUUGUGAUCUUAAAUAGUAUAUUUAAAAGCUGUAGUAUACCAUAAAAUUAAACUAUUACUAUCUUUUUCUUUAUACAUGUAUAUAUUUUUUUUUCAAGUUUUUAUUUUCUCCACCAAUAAUGUUUUUGGGUAUAUCUUUAUCACUACAUCUUUCCUUUGGUGUUCAGUGACAUUUAGCUUUUUAAUCCAUAUUAGCUUUAGCGCUUUUAUAUAUUGAUAAAUGUUGGGUAUAUUUAAGCCACCAUUACGAACAGUUUUCACUACAACUUUCCUGUUUAUUCGAUCAGGUUUUCCAUCCCACACAAAGUUAAAGCAUUGCUUUUGGAGUUCUUGUAUAUCUUGGAUAAGGGGAUUAGGCAGCAGUAUCCAUAAAUAAAUUAAUUUUGAUAGUACAUGUAUUAAUGAUUUUAGCACAGCCACUCUUCCCAUUGGUGUAAUAACUCGUUUAAGCCAAGAUUUCAUUAAAUUCCUCGUUUCAACAUAUUUUUCCUUAAAGUUUAGAGUGUAACAUGUUUCUAACUUAGUGCUUAGCCGUAUCCCUAAUAUUUUAAAUUCUGAUGGGUUCCAUUGAAACUUCAGGU